ACCUAGAGAUAAACAGCAUUUAUGCAACCCCCAAUAAUAGAGAGAUAACUUUCAAAAUCGAAAAGGGAAAAUCUCCCUUUUCUCCUCGGAUACAAUUAAUCCAUGCAUAUAUAUAUUAUCCCAACACUUCGAGCUCUUGCCUACUUCAGACAAGAUGGCUUUAAAAUGGUUUCUAAAUUCUGCAUUUACUCAAGUUUUUGGUCACACAGACAGUAGUGUUACAGUGCAGACUCGGCAGAGAAGUGAUGUGGUCGCAUGUCCAAAUAAUCAAGGCCUGCUGCAGGUCCAUGAAUGUGUGAGAAGCUCGAGGGAUGUAAAAGAAGGUAGUGUUACUAGGACGAGGAAACAAGAGUACCCAAAUGGGUUCCAGGUUCCACUUCACUACCCAAGGUACACGGCCGCAGACUAUGAGAAGAUGGAAGAGUGGAAACUUGACAUGCUUCUGAAUGAGUAUGGACUUAGCUUUGAAGGCCGUGUUGACGAGAAAAGGGCGUUUGCAAUGGGGGCCUUCCUGUGGCCAGACCAACUUUGAAGCAGACAACUACUUGUCUCACAACAUACUGCUAAAAAUUGAAGAGAUCAUGUAAUUGAAUAGCCUGGCGUGCCUUUGAAGCUUUGAUGGUUACUGUAUAAUUAGUGCAUGCUAGAAAUUUACUGUGUUGAGGUGAGGAGUGAAUUUGAAGCAAAGUGUUUAUGUUGUAAAUUGUAAGUCUUGAUAAUAAGGAUCUGGGUCUUGUUUCUAAGUUGUCAUCAAUAAAGAAUUGAAAAUGAUUAUGUGCAGGACUCAAAUGAUUAGCAGUUAGAGAGGGGUUCGGUUCUGCAUGUUCAACUGUAAUUUGUAAGACAAGCAACUGAUUAAGAUAUUUGCAAUAGAUCUAAUUAUUUUUUCUCUA